AUGUCCACACCAUACGAGAAGGACAGGCCGCAGCACGCCGAGAAUGCCGACCUCGAGCACGGCGACAUGGUCAAGGACCACACCCACACGGCCGGCGACAUCAAGCACGGCGACCGCGCGCUCGCGUACAUUGGCGACGAGCGCAUCGACCUCACAGAAGAGGACAACCGCCGUAUCCGCCGCAAGACGGACAAGGUCAUCCUGUCGAUGCUGUGCUGGGUGUACUUUUUGCAGAUUAUCGACAAGUCGGUCCUUGGCCUCGGCAACGUUUGGGGCCUGAGCAAGGACACCAACCUGCACGGCUCGCAGUACUCGACCAUCUCGACCAUGAACGCCAUUGCCCAGCUCGCAUGGCAGCCCUUCUCGUCGUACAUCAUCGUCCGCGUGCCGGCGCGUACCCUCAUGACGGUGCUCUGCUUCGGCUGGGGAACCGCCCAGGCGUGCAUGGCGGCCAGCCACAACUUUGGCGGUCUGAUGGCGACCCGUUUCCUGCUUGGUCUCUUCGAGGCCGGAUGUCUCCCUCUCUUCUCGGUCCUCACGGCCCAGUGGUACCGUCGCUCCGAGCAGCCCCUGCGUGUGGCGGCCUGGUACUCGACCAACGGUCUCGCGACCAUCUUUGCGGCUCUCCUCUCCUGGGCGCUCGGCCACGUCAAGUCGGACAAGAUUCACGAGUGGCAGCUCCUCUUCAUCAUCGUCGGCGUCAUCACCGUCUUCACCGCCCCCGUCAUCUGGUUCAUGGUCGACUCGGACAUCCCGUCCGCCCGCUUCCUCACCGAGCAGGAGAAGGCCAUGGCCAUUGAGCGUCUUCGUGCCAACCAGACCGGUACCGGCUCGAACGAGUUCAAGUGGUCGCACGUCGGCGAGGCCUUCUACGACGUCAAGACCUACCUCUGGCUCUUCAUGUCGCUCCUCCUCAACAUCGGCGCGUCCGUCACCAACGCCUUCGGCCCCACCCUCAUCAAGGGCUUCGGCUUCGACAACUACAUCACUACGCUGCUCAACAUGCCCUUCGGCUUCCUCCAGUUCCUGUGCAUUCUCGCUGCGUCGUACGCUGCCCAGGUGUUCCGUAUCAAGUCGGCCAUCCUCGCGAUUUUCGUCAUCCCCGUCAUUGUCGGCCUCGCGCUGCUCUUCUACGAAGGCACCCACGGCCUCCAGCAGGGUCCCCGUCUUGCCGGCUACUACCUUCUUGCGUUCCUCUUUGGCGGUAACCCGCUCAUCGUGUCGUGGAUGGUCGCCAACACUGGUGGCCAGACCAAGAAGACGGUCAUCAUCUCCAUCUACAACGCCGGCGCGUCGGCAGGCAACAUUAUCGGCCCCCUCCUCUUCACCGACAAGGACAAGCCCGCCUACGUCCCCGGUGUCAAGGCCGUCCUCGGCAUCUUCUGCGCGCUCCUCGGUGUGAUCGGCUUCCAGGUCUUCUCCAUCUUCACCCUCAACAAGGUCCGCCAGAAGCAGCGUGUCGCUUUCGGCAAGCCCAAGUUCAUCAAGGACACGUCCAUGAGCUCCAAGUACGAGGCGUUCGGCCAGGAGGACCAGGCCGGCGAGGGCCCCCGUCUUGGUCAGAACGCGCUUCUCGAUCUUACGGAUUACAAGAACGACGAGUUUGUCUACGUUUACUAG